AUGAAAAGAAAAUGGAUGAAAGUACUGAAUGCCAGUCAUCAUAGAUAUCAAGUGGUGUGUUCCAGUCAUUUCAACAAAGAUGACUUCUGUUUAUCAAGUGUGUUACAAAGGACUUUUGCUCAAGAGCAAGGCUUACCCCUAACAAAAUUACGCCUAAAUACAGAUGCAGUUCCUACUCUAAAGGUGGAGAGGAAGCCGAGUACCUGGCAACGCAAACAGGAGGUAGAUGAUAUAAUUAGAACAUAUGAAAAAGAAUCUGCUGAAAAGGAGAGCCAACUGUCUGCUAUGACUGUUAAUAAGUUUAGACCAAUAGUUGAUACUACAGCUUGGUCUAGCCCUACAGCUGAUGCACUAACUAGGCCUAGCCCUGCAUCUGAUCCCAUAGUUAAGAUUAGCCCUGCAUCUGAUCCCAUAGCUAAGAUUAGCCCUGCAUCUGAUCCCAUAGCUUGGAUUAACCAGGAAGCUGAUAUUACUGCAGUUGAUACUACAGCUACAACAGCUACAUAUAGUCAUGAUGCUGAUACUACAGCUACAGCUAGCCAUGAAGCUGAUAUAACUAGAGCUAGCCCAAGCCUUGAAGUUGAUGCCACAGCAAUGCCUAGUCAUGAAGCUGAUAUUACAGCUAGCCUUGCAGUUGAUGCCACAUCUAUGCCUAGUCAUGAAGCUGAUAUUAAAGCUAGCCUUACAGUUGAUGCCACAGCUAUGCCUAGUCAUGAAGCUGAUAUUACAGCUAGCCUUGCAGUUGAUACUACAGCUAGGACUAGCCCUGUACCUGAUGCCACAACUAUGCCUACACUUACUUGUGAUCAAAGGACUAUCACCAAUAAUGAAAGAUGGGAAAGGAUUGUACUUUGUAACUCAUUCAGAAUGAUGAAACAUGUAGCAGCCUUGAGGCAUGAUACUUCUAUAUCUGAUAUGGCCUUUAGAUUGGAGGAUGGUACAACAAUAAGUACACAUAAGUUCAUAGCUGUCGCAUAUAGUAGUGUCAUCAAGAACACUAUCAAAGUCAGUGGGAAAAAAGGCUACAAUUACUUCACAUUUGCCCUGGAUGGAAGUUCCACCAUAGAAGGAGUUAAUGGGUUUUUAGAUUUCAUUUAUGGAUGCAAGCUUCAUGUGACCAAUGAAAACUAUGACCAGAUUCUCCACAUAGCUGAGUUAUUUGAUGUGAAAGACCUAAAAGAAACCCUCAAUUCAAUUAUUCGGGAUAAUGUAAAGAGUCAAAAUGGUGGUGUAAUUCCACCUAAGUAUAUCAAGCAAGAAAAUCAUGAUGAACAUGGGUUAUUUGGAGAGGGUACUAACAACCAAGGUAUGGGCAACAAUGAUAUGCACCAAGCUAUAGACCACAAAGACAUUAAACAAGAAAUAGAUGAGAAUUUCAUCUCAACUACAGAAGAACAUCCCUGGGAUGAAUACCUCAACAGACAGCAUCAGACAAAUGAUUAUCAUGCACAAGAAGAGACAAAAUACAAACCCCAUUAUGAAUAUUUAACUUCUGAAAACAUUAACAAUGAUGAAGCAGAGAUCCAUAAACCAUCAAUUGCUUCAAAUGCCACAAAUUUGAUAGCAACUGUGAGGGACCAUACAUAUAUGUCCAAACCUAAACCCAAAACUAUGAUAUCUCUUCUGAAAGACCCUCUCAUAUACAAGUCUGACUCAAAAGAUAAAUAUAAAACUAUGAAUUCUCUUUUGAAAGAGCCCCCUAUAAACACAUCAGACUCAAAGGAGUGUUCUGUAGCAACCCCCCAUCAGAAGUCCUUUAUUCCAUGUCAUCUCCAGACAUGGGAUGGUGAUGAUAAUGUUAGCAUAGAUGGUGAUAAGCUCAACCCAGAGGUUGGUGGCCAAGUAAAAGAGGAACCUAUUGAAGAAAAUGACUGCACUUCUUUAGAAGACACUCUGUCAGAGGAGGAAGAUGAUUUUGAUUAUGAAAGUCCCAGUGAAGAAAGUGAAGAAGAUUUAGAGAAAAGAGAGAAAGAAGAGAAAGAAGACCCUGAUUGGAAGUUUGAUUCAGAUGAGGACAAGGUGGAAGAUGAAUGUGAAGAUAAUGAUGAUAAUGAAUUCUUUGAUGAAGAAGCAGAUGACAGAGGAAAUAAAGGAGCUCUUUUCAGAGAAAAGUAUCAAUAUGAUAUGGUAGUAGGUGACUUCAGGUGUGGCUUAUGUCAGGAAGUACUUGAUACUAAGAGAGACCGUAGAGAGCAUGCUGAGACUGAACAUGGCAAAUACCUGUGUCCACUAUGUGAUCACUACUCUAACACCUUGGAGGAGUGCAACCAACAUAAGCAGUCUCAUUAUGUAUUUACCAAAACUGAUGGGGAUGAAGGUAUUUUCUUCUGUCCAGUGUGUGACUUGAAAUUCACAUCAAAACAUGUGUAUCUAGCACAUGUGACCACUACACAUAUUGUUAAAAAUAAAUCAAAGCUAGUGCCACAUGCACAUUGUGUUGUAUGCGACACUUGGAUACCUACUAAGAUUUUCCGAAAUCAUAUGGUAGAUGAACAUGAAAUAAAGAAAUGUAAAAUAUGUGACGAGGAACUUGAUGGCAUUUCAGGAAAUGCAAUAGAAAACCAUUUGUUUGAACAGCAUGAUGUUCAGGGCUAUGAAUGUGAAAUUUGUAACUUCACAACUCAUUCCUUUCAAGGUUUAAAAAGACAUUUGGUACACAAACACAGUAUAGAUGGAAAGCCAAAAUAUUUUUGUGAAAAGUGUAAUAAGUCAGUUUCCAACAUCUUUCAACAUACGUUAGUUAACCAUUCUUUAGAGGUGUUCAGCUGUGAAAUCUGCAACAAAAAGUUUAAAUCUCAGGAAAAAUUAGACAAGCAUAAGAAAGCGUGUAAGCGUGGGGAAAAAAGCUCGUGUGAAGUUUGUGGGAAACAAUUUACUCGCUCUGAUAACCUUGUGACUCAUAUGCGGAUCCACACUGGUGAGAAACCAUACUGUUGUGAGAUAUGCAGUGAGAGAUUUGCGCAGAAACAUUCUUUUGACUGGCAUAUGGAAUCCAAACACUCAAUGAUGAAAUACAAUUUCAAAGAAAAGGAAGCAAUGAGAAACCGAAAUAAGAAAAGCAAAAGAAAAAGCUCAAUUUGUCUGGAGAGUGAAACUGGAAGUAAAAGAAAGUCAAAAAAGAAAAACUCUGGUCACUGAGCAAUUAUUCACUCGACUUCAGCAAAAUUUUGACUGCAUCUUGAAAAAACUUUUAUCAUUUUAGAAAUACAACUUUGAUCUAGCUAUUCAGUUACAAUAUUAAAUAUCAACUACCAAUCCUGAUAAAUUAUCAGAUUACAAACACAUUUUCUGCCUGCCAAAUAUAAGAUAGGUCUGUACAGGGCCGAGAUUUAUUUUACUCUCUAUAUUAAACAACUCUUAAGAAAAGUUAUUUUAAGGUCAUGAAAAAAGGUUAUUUAAUGGGAGAGUGAUGGAAUAUGAAUUGAAUUAUUUCAAACAGAAAUAAUUAAUCUUACUAAAAUGAGAGAAAUCCCGGGAAUAGUUCUGAUACAGGAUUUUGGCUGAUA